UUUGGCUCAUGAAAAUGGCGACUUCCAUCCUCUCCUCUCGCUCUUUCUAGGGUUUUUGGAGUUCGUUGAGGCUUGGGGAGGGAUUCUAGGGAUUCUAUCUCGGAGGAGAUGGGAGGGAUCAGCCUCGAGGAGAUCAAGAAUGAAACUGUGGAUUUGGAGCGGAUUCCGGUGGAGGAGGUGUUUGAGCAGCUGAAAUGCAGCAGAGAAGGUCUUUCCUCCGACGAGGGGAACUCUCGGCUUCAAAUCUUUGGGCCCAACAAGCUCGAAGAGAAAAAGGAGAGCAAGAUUCUCAAAUUUUUGGGUUUUAUGUGGAAUCCGCUCUCAUGGGUCAUGGAAAUGGCAGCUAUCAUGGCCAUUGCUCUUGCCAAUGGAGGCGGGAAGCCCCCGGAUUGGGAAGACUUUGUUGGCAUUGUUGUCUUGCUGGUCAUUAACUCCACCAUCAGUUUCAUAGAAGAGAACAACGCUGGCAACGCUGCUGCCGCCCUCAUGGCCGGCCUUGCGCCGAAAACCAAGGUGCUUAGAGAUGGGCGAUGGAGUGAGGAGGAGGCAGCUAUUCUUGUCCCAGGAGACAUUAUCAGCAUCAAACUUGGUGAUAUUGUCCCUGCUGAUGCUCGCCUUCUUGAAGGUGAUCCUUUGAAGAUUGAUCAAUCAGCGUUGACCGGAGAAUCUCUUCCAGUGACCAAAAAUCCUGGAGAUGAAGUGUUCUCUGGAUCAACUUGCAAGCAGGGUGAGAUUGAGGCUGUUGUGAUUGCCACUGGAGUGCACACCUUCUUUGGCAAGGCUGCUCAUUUGGUCGAUAGCACUCACCAAGUAGGUCACUUUCAGAAGGUCCUCACAGCCAUUGGUAACUUUUGUAUCUGCUCCAUUGCUAUUGGGAUGAUUGUUGAGAUCAUUGUCAUGUACCCAAUCCAAAAGCGCAAGUACAGAGAUGGGAUUGACAAUCUGCUGGUGCUCUUAAUUGGAGGAAUCCCAAUUGCCAUGCCUACAGUUCUUUCGGUAACCAUGGCAAUUGGGUCUCAUAAGCUCUCUGAGCAAGGUGCCAUCACCAAGAGGAUGACUGCCAUCGAGGAGAUGGCUGGCAUGGAUGUUCUUUGCAGUGAUAAAACUGGAACACUGACUCUUAACAAGCUGAGUAUUGACAAGAAUCUGAUUGAGGUCUUUGCAAAGGGUGUUGAGAAAGAUCAUGUUAUUCUACUGGCAGCAAGAGCAUCCAGGACCGAAAACCAGGAUGCAAUUGAUGCUGCCAUGGUUGGGAUGCUUGCUGACCCUAAGGAGGCAAGAGCUGGUAUCAGGGAAGUUCAUUUCCUCCCUUUCAAUCCAGUCGACAAGAGAACGGCUUUAACUUAUAUCGAUUCUGAUGGGCGCUGGCAUCGUGCAAGUAAAGGUGCUCCUGAGCAGAUUUUGACUCUUUGCAACUGCAAGGAAGAUGUUAAAAGUAAGGUUCAUUCUGUAAUUGAUAAGUUUGCCGAACGUGGGCUUCGAUCUCUCGCCGUUGCAAGACAGGAAGUUCCUGAAAGAACCAAGGAGAGCCAGGGGGGCCCAUGGCAGUUUGUUGGUUUGUUGCCCUUGUUUGAUCCUCCAAGACAUGAUAGUGCAGAAACCAUCCGUAGGGCUCUGCAUCUCGGCGUGAACGUCAAGAUGAUCACUGGUGAUCAACUUGCAAUUGCUAAGGAGACAGGUAGGAGACUUGGAAUGGGAACAAACAUGUAUCCUUCGUCAGCGUUGCUUGGCCAAAAUAAGGAUGCAGCCCUUGCUUCCCUACCUGUCGAUGAGUUGAUUGAGAAGGCUGAUGGAUUUGCAGGAGUCUUUCCUGAGCAUAAGUAUGAAAUAGUGAAGAAGUUGCAGGAGAGGAAACACUUAUGUGGAAUGACUGGUGAUGGUGUGAAUGAUGCACCGGCCUUGAAGAAGGCUGAUAUUGGUAUAGCUGUUGCUGAUGCUACUGAUGCUGCUAGAAGUGCAUCUGAUAUUGUGCUUACGGAACCUGGUCUCAGCGUCAUCAUCAGUGCUGUUCUUACUAGCAGAGCCAUUUUCCAGAGGAUGAAAAACUACACAAUUUAUGCAGUCUCUAUUACCAUCCGUAUUGUGUUUGGGUUUAUGCUAAUUGCACUUAUUUGGAAAUUUGACUUCUCACCGUUUAUGGUUUUGAUCAUUGCUAUCCUGAACGAUGGUACUAUAAUGACCAUCUCUAAAGAUCGUGUAAAGCCAUCUCCGUUGCCAGAUAGUUGGAAACUCAAAGAGAUUUUUGCUACUGGCGUUGUGCUAGGUGGCUAUUUAGCACUAAUGACAGUCAUCUUCUUCUGGGCAAUGAAAGAUACUGACUUCUUCUCGAAUAAAUUCAAAGUUAGAUCAUUAAGGCACAGUAACGAUGAAAUGAUGGCGGCUUUAUAUCUACAAGUCAGUAUAGUAAGUCAAGCCCUCAUUUUUGUCACUCGAUCUCGCAGCUGGUUCUUCAUGGAACGCCCAGGGCUUCUAUUAGUCAGUGCCUUCAUAGUUGCUCAGCUUGUAGCAACUAUCAUAGCUGUGUAUGCAAACUGGGGCUUCGCUAAGAUCAAAGGCUGUGGCUGGGGCUGGGCUGGAGUUAUCUGGCUCUACAGCAUUGUCUUCUUUCUUCCUCUAGACUUCUUCAAAUUUGGUAUUCGAUAUAUCCUAAGUGGAAAGGCUUGGAACAAUCUCCUUGAAAACAAGACCGCAUUCACUUCCAAAAAGGACUAUGGUAGAGAAGAAAGGGAAGCACAAUGGGCCACUGCUCAAAGAACACUGCAUGGACUUCAAGCACCUGAAACCAAUAACCUCUUUGCUGACAAGAACAGCUACCGUGAGCUCACUGAAAUAGCUGAGCAGGCCAAACGCCGUGCAGAGGUUGCAAGAUUGCGAGAGCUGCACACUCUGAAGGGUCAUGUUGAAUCAGUGGUUAAGCUGAAGGGGCUUGACAUUGAUACCAUCCAGCAGCAUUAUACAGUGUAACAGUGCUAUCUAUGUUUCAAUUGCAUGUGAAUCAAUAAUCCAAACUAGUGCCUCUUGUAUUUUCCUUUUCUGUUUCGGCUCCUUCCCAUCUUGUGUCUCUUUUUAUACAUUUGCAGCUUUUUCGUUAGAUUUUAAUGUUUUAUGUUGUCUGGAA